GUUGGGCCUUUCUUUUGGUGUUCCUCUGUGCGCGUGGGCUAUGCUCGUCUGUUACGGUCUCCGUAGCCCUCGGGAGCCCAUUAUUCUCUUCCUUGAGGCCGCCGGUUGGGCGGCAGCGGGCAGAGCGAUGGGCACCUCACCCCGGCUCCCCUCCCCCAUGCCCGUUGCCCCGCCCGCCCUGGGCUGGGCGACUGGGUCAGGGGCCGAGCGGAGCUGGUUAUCAUUUAGUAUGGAAGAAGAUGAGUUCUUUGGAGAAAAAACAUUCCAGCAUUGUUGUGCAGAGUUCAUUAGACAUUCACAGCAGAUAGGUGAUGGCUGGGAAUGGAGAACUUUGAAGGACUCUUCUGAAGGCUACAUGUGCAAAACACACUUUCAAAUUAAACCCGAGACUCUGAUGUCACAUUCGGGAACAUCUGCCUGUGUACAGACAUGUCUUCCCAUUGAGGAGGCUUUAGAACUACCCCUGGAUGAUUCUGAAGUGACUGAGACCACAACGGGAAGCCAAGUGAUUAAAUAUGAAUAUCAUGUUUUAUACUCCUGUAGCUACCAAGUGCCUGUGCUUUACUUUAGGGCAAGCUUUUUAGAUGGAAGACCUUUAGCUCUGAAGGACAUAUGGGAAGGAAUCCACGAGUGCUAUAAGACAAGGCUGCUGCAGGAGCCAUGGGACACUAUUACCCAACAGGUGCAUACUGAACAUUUUUUAUUUGAUCUAUUCUAUCAAGUUUUACUGCAGUCUUACAUGUUAUAACACCUUUGGGUUCUUAUCCUCUGCUUUUACUCCCGAGGUGAGGCUUUGCACCCUUUUUCUGAUUAUGCCUUUGCCAGUAAUAUUGGAGAACUUUUCUCUAAAAUGGCCCAUUGUUCCAUGAGGUCAGCUGGUACCAUCAAGGCAGAAGGUGAAAUGUACAUUUUGUAAUUUUUGCAGACUGGACAAUCCAUCCACAGAUCCUCACCACAUUGGAGACAUUUCAUCAAUGAUAUCAAACCAUAGACAACUUCUUGUGACUGUUCUCAACUGUGAUUAAAAUGGACAAUUUUGUAAUAUGUGACAAAAUCUAUUCAUUAUUAUACAGAUUUAAUAGCUGGUUUCUUGUGAAGGAACCCCUUUAAAAGUCUGAAGAAUGUGCAGAACCCAUUUUCAGAAAAAUGUGUGUGUGUGUGUGUGUGUGUGUGUUUGCAUAUACACACCCACAUAAAUCACACCCACCCCUGAUAUAUAUCAGAAAAUUCUGCACACACUUGCAGGAGAUUCCUAGACUCUCUAAAAUCUAUGAGACAAAUCCUAGAUCAAGAAACUUGGUCAAUAAAUUGCAUUCACAGUGGCUUCCAUAUUAUGUCCUGAUCAAGAAAAAGAGGAGUAUAGUGACAGAAAAAAAAAAAAAAAAAAAAAAACCUACUUAAUUAUAAAUAAGAAAAUGUAUAAAAUACAGAAGGAACAAGAUCAACUAUUGUAUAUGGAAUUAAGAGUUUUGGGUAAAAAAAUGGAACUUAUGGAGAACCUAAAGAAGGGGAAAGGGUCUUACUACCUACAAAUACACACAAAACAGAGCAUCAAACUGUAUAGAAAAAAUAUAAAGACAUAAUUAAGAUUGGAUAAAUUCACAAAACUGAUGGGGAAAAAAGUGAUAUGACAAAACAACCUAUUUCCUAUUGCUGUUUCCAAAGCAAGUGUUAAUAGACAAAACAUGUUUCAGCAAGUAGUGUUUCUCUCAACUGUUGUCAGCUGUGAUUAAAAUGCAAUAUUACUUAAAACGUGGCUUACUUUGCCCACUAUUGUACAGAUUUAAACAUUAGCUGACUGAUUAAAAGUGGUAAGGAAGCAUAAUAUAUUCAUAGCAUCUAAACUUACUUGAAAAUUUGGGUAUGCUCAAUAUGUCCUACACUUUUAAUCCAGACACGUAACUUGACCCCUUGUUUUGUUUCUAAUUAACCACAGCAAAAGAGAUUUUAGAAAACUAGACUCUAAAAAACAAAAAACAACAACAAAAAAAACCUCGUCGCCAUCAGUAGAGAACAGAAUUCAUGUCAAUAUUAUCACAAAGAACCAAGCAGAUCCUUGGUAGACAUGUGGAAAGUACUUUUCUGACUGGAAGAUCUGAAAGAGUGAUAUGGGGCCAUCAUUUCCUCCUCCCUUCUGAGGGAGCAGCACUCCUUAGCACUAGAAUUACUGUUCAAAGCUUCAGGUUGUCUGGGAAGCCGAAUGUGUUAAAAGGAAGGGAUUCUGAUGGUGCUCAUCAUGUGUGGCUAAAGUUCCAAGGUUCUGUGUGCGAGGGGUCCCCUCAUUUUUGAAGUUACACACCACACAUUAAAGGCUUGAAUGACAACCUGAAUGAGGUGGCCACUGGGUGUGUGCAUAUUUGGAAAUGUUGGUUAUCUGUGGUCAUGAGUCCCUUCAAAUGUGUCACUCUAAAAAUGACUUUCUCCUAAUGAGACAUAAAAUCAUGCGGUUUUAAUGUUUUAAUGCUUUGGUCUAGAACUCCUGUGGUCAUAUUAUCAUGACAAUAAGCUUUAGAAAUCCACUCAUCUUUCUUACAUACUAACAAACAUAACAUCACUUAACCAAAUAAUAUGGACAGUGCUAGAAAGUAAGAAUGCUUAGUACAACCUGCUAAGACAAUCCCUCAACUGUAGUGUCAUAAGAAAUGUGAGUUGAAACUUGAAUGAUCCAUUGAAACAGAUUUUAUCGGUUAGAAUAAAGAUUAUACAAGCUGCCGUUAGUGAAAAUUUUAUCAUAAUAUGUAAUUUAUGAUGUCAGUCUCUUUUCUUGACUGUGCAAAGCUAAUAAAGAAACGUUAGCUACUGGGACAACCUUGAAACAGACUGCAGGAGUGUUAUCUACAGCAUGACUGUUAUGACCAAAUCCUGCCACCAGACAUGUUCCUAGAAUGAAACAAAGGGAAUUCAUACAUUUUGUAAUAGGACUGCUUGUUUCAUCACUUUUGAGAUUAGAAAGUUCUUUAUAUACUUUAGAUACAAGUCUUUUGUUGGGUAUAUGAUUUGCAAAUAUUUUUGGCUUGUCUCUGAUACGUAUUUUCAUCCCUUUUUUUCUUCUCUUUUUUUGGAGAGGGAGGGAGUGGGGGAGGGACAGACAAUGGAGGAGAGAGAAUCUAAGGUAGGAUCCAUGCCCAAUGAAGAGUCCAACACAGGGCUCGAACUCAUGACCGCAAGAUCAUGACCUAAGCCAAAAUCAAGAGUUGGACAUUUAACUAAGCCACCAAGGCGCCCCUGUGUUUCCAUAUUUCCACCCUCUUAACAAGAUCUUUCACAGAAUAAAAUUUUUAAUUUUGAAAAAGGCCAGUGUAUUCUUUACUUUUUUUGGUGGAAUGUACUUUUGAUGUAUUGUCUAAGAGCUCUUCACCUAACUGUAAGUCAUUAAGGCUUUUCUUCUACAAGUUUUAGUUUUAUAUUUUACACUCAUAUAUUAUGACCCAUUUUGAAUUAAUUUCUGUAUAAGGUGUGCAAUUUGAGGUCUGUUCUUUUUUGCAAAUUAAAGUCUAUACUGUAUACUGUAAAAACUAUCCUUCCUCCAUUGAAUUGCUUUUGUAUCUGUGUCAAAAAUCAGUUUGUCUUACCUGUGUCUUUUAAUGGAUUCUAUUUUAGUGAUCUGUGUCUACCUCUUCUGUAAUACCACACCCUCUUGAUUACUGCAGCUAUAAAUUAAAUCUUAAAACUAAGUUUUGUGAUUCCUCCACCCUUUAUUCUUUA